UCCUCGGGCUCCCUGAUAAAGCCAGCAGGUGCCGUCCCAUCCAGAAGCCCCCCGUCUCUCCAGACAGGAUGUUUCCCCUGCAGUUCUUCAGCCUCUUCUACAUCGCCGUGCUCGCAGACUUCGAAGAAAAGAAGAAAAGGCAAACACUCCAGUAUGACCUCUCCAAAUAUAAAAGAGGAGAUCUGCUAGAGGUCCCGAGAACUCUCUUCACGCAUUUCGGGAUUUAUUUGGGAAACAAUCGCGUGGCUCAUCUUAUUCCUGAUAUCUUACCGGUCUGGACCACCGACCAGAAAGCUAUUCAGAAGAUGGUGACCAACAACCGGUUGAUUUUAGGGGUAAUUGCCAAAAAAGCUAGCGUCCGCGUGGACUCGGUGGAGGACUUUGCUUAUGGAGCAGAGAUUCUGGUUAACCAUAUGGACAAGGUGUGUAGCCGGGCAGCAUUCGAAGGUGAGGAAGUGGCCAGGAGAGCUGAGAAGCUCUGUGGGUCUGUGGUUUACAGUCUGCUGUGGUACAACUGUGAACAUUACGUCAUGUACUGCAGAUACGGCACUAGCAUGAGCUUUCAGACCUACCAGUUCUGCAAAGCUGUGCGCAAGAUUGUGUGCAGCAAGAUGAGCUCUCUUAUAAGUCUUCUGUUGGGCUUGUUUAUUAUGUUUUAUCUGCAGUCGGUGACCCUGUUUGGAAUUUUACCCACAAUUAUCAUUCCUUUUACCAUUUGGAUGGCAUCCUGAAGCUGUGUGAAAUACAAGUUUGGUCAAUUAGCUGGAUAUUUUUUUUCCGGAUUGUUUGUAGUUCAUUAUAGCGCUGGGUCUCAACUACGGG